AUGGCACCGCAUCCAGAACUCGUCAUUAUCUAUAAUGCCGACUCUUCUGUUCGUGGUAAACUUGCCUACGCCUACCGGAAGUUCACAUCGAGCUCCAAGGAGAAUCCGGCAUGCGCAGCUUGCGACAUAACACACGGUGGACUUUCGCUCAACGAAGUGGAUGGCUGGAAGACGGCAAGAAAGGAUAUCGAGGCUCAUGGCUUCAAAGUCGUCCAAUGGCAUCGAGACCAGGUUGAAGAAAACGUCAAGACCUGGGCCAAGUCUAACAACUAUCGAUAUCCGCUGGUUCUGUCCCGAAAGGAUGGCACGAUGGAGCUCGUUGCGGACACGCCAGACUUGGUCUCAUGCGCUGGAGAUCCGAAGCGUCUUGUGGAACUGCUCAAGGAGAAGAAGCUGAUUGAGGGCGGCGACAAAGCUCAGGCGUCGCUAUGA